AGUGCACCUGGAAGGUGGAUGUUGAGCAGUAGUUAUAUUGAAUUGUUCGUCGCACGCGUCAUAAGGGCUAGGUGUCAUAGAAAUUUUAUAUAUUUAUAAGCGUAGACCUGUGCGUGUCAACAACAUGAAAUAACAUUAGAUACUCGAAUGCAGUUCAUCGCGUGCUAGCUGCUCUACUAGGUCGCUUUUCUUCAUCUUGUUGUUUCUUUCUGGCAAGCAUCUCAUCGUUAAUCUGCUUGUAUUUUUUAACCACAAUGCAUGAGAACGAUGACUCUGAACGGCGGCGUCGUGCCGGAUAGAAGCUUUUCCUAAUAGGUGCACCUGGGCGAGCGACGCGGCAUGGCCUGCAGCGAACCGCGCAGCUAGGCGAUUACUCGAGGGUGUAUCAAAUAACAAUACCACAGAUACAGGAGCGCGCUGGAGUACUACAUUUAUUUCGUAGCUUGUAUACUAGAGCGAUUGACGAGAUAUCACACCUACGGCAUCAACAAGAGCAACGUCGAUCGUUAGAAUAGGGUAGCCUGUCCGAUCACCAAAGCGAAGGACCAGACAGUGACAAGCUCUCGUGAAGACAGGGAAGUAGGUCGCAAACCCCUGGCUUUCCUUUGCACGGAUAGUAAGGAUCACGGAAAGCAGGCGCUCGUCGGCUUUCACUAUCGUGGUGCUGUAAGUAUCGUCGUAACUUCGUGAGCAACGAUCUAUUCUAGCCUCGUGGAGAUCGCGCACUCCGUGGGACGACGACGCAGAAGCUGAAGAACAUCGAAUCUUCUAUUUCCGUCUGACCACAUAGACUCUUGUCGAAGAGUCGUUAGGGUGACAGGACAUCGGCAUCCCUUUCAGCGGGACGUUGUUCGUUCGUCGACAUAACCUCUGCUCGACUUCAGGAAGAUGGAUCUUCCAGCAGCAGCACCAACAUCCACGCCACCAGCGCACAAGGCGUGGAUAAAAUACAAGAGGAUAGCACAGACCUACCUGGACAAAACAGUCAUAUUUCCAGCGCAAAGAUGGGUCUUCUUUGCGAUAUCGCUGCUGAUGUACGAAUUUUCUUUUUGUUGAGCAGUAUUACGCAGUUGAUACAAUUGCUUUUGAGAGCGAUUCAUUGAGUCUUCUUCAUCCUGAGCAUUUUCUAGUUCAUAAUCAAAUUCAUAUUCUUGUUCAUCUGGAUAGAUACACCUAAAUCAAAAGUAGGGGUGUACUCGCUUUUCUUGAUGAUUAAUACCUAAUAUCACAAUCCGAAUCCGAAUAAUCCUUGUUCACGUUCACGACCACAGGUUAUAUGGUGAGGAAAUUCAUUUAUGGGUUUUCAAUUGUGUCGAUUUCCUUCAUUUACCUUCGUUUUUUGAUUAUUUGGCAUCAAUAACUCCACCGUGUAAUAAUUAUUACACCCCGGAGUUCUGAGUGGUCGUUUUUCUAGUUCUUUGCUCCCAGAGAACUGCAGCAAAGGCAAAAAUUAUGGCAAUUGGUAGAUAUGCGCCCUCAACUCCUAACGUGCGUCCGAACAGCAUCCUUCUGGGAUGACUUUUCACUCUGUUCACGCGAGGGCUGGGUAGUGUGAAAUCGUUAGGUUUAAGAGGCCUAGCCUGGAGAAGCGGAAACACCAGCACCAUGCUUGUGAUGAUAGGGAUGAAAAGGCGGAGACAAGAUGAUGAGGCGGAACUUCUGAAACAUCAGGGUCCUCGCAGUUGUAUCUUAAUCUUGAAGUAAAGGAAAAAGUGAUACUUUUCAGCAAGAAACUCAGACUCCGGAUCUUUCUCAGCCCGAGUGGAAUUUGUCGUACGUGCCUUCCGUAUGUAUCAGCAAGAAGCGA